AUAUAUCGCUCUCAUGGCACCGUGGUUCAUGUACUGCUCUCACCCCAUUGAUUGGUAGGCUGGUUGUUGGUGAUCACUUCUACACAUCGCGAAAAUCAUUUGGAGGAGGAGCUUAGCUAAGCUACACAUCUCUACCUCUUCAGGCUUCGGCUGCUCCAUAGAUAUUUGAAAGACAGAAAGAUGACAAGCGUUUGGAAGACCAAGGUUCUCCCCGGGCUCAACAAGAUCUUCGACAAGGAUGGCAAGAAGGCCGCCGCCGCCGAGUUUUUGAAAUCGUUCAAUAAGGAGGAGAUUAGCAAGGAGAUUGAGGACAAGAAGACAGAGCUAGAGCCCAAGGUUGUGGAGACUAUCGAAGCAUCUCCUCCAGAGAUUAAGGGUUUGAUAAAGGAUAAGAAGACAGCCAAGAUCAAGAAGAACUCUGUUGCAGUCACCAAGUUCCUUGAUGAUUUGGCCAAGAUUGAAUUCCCAGGAGCCAAGCUGGUGAGCGACGCAGUGGCCAAGUCCGGCACCACGCCCCUCUCCCCAGCCAUCGUCUUCAUCUUGGACAAGGUGGCGCCUUUCGUCCCCGAGCCCAAGGAGGAGCCCAAGGCCGAGCCCGAGCCCGCCGCCGCAGAGGAGACCACCUCCCGGGACGUCGUCGUGGAGGAGGAAAAGAAGGAAGAGGCAGCAGCACCGUCAGAGGUUGUGGAGGAGAAGAAAGAGGAAGAGAAACCGGCGGAAGCCGAAGCCGCCGCAGAGCCAGCAGCCGAGCCGGAGAAGAAGUGAUCGAUCCAAGAGCAUCCCAAUUAAGCUUUGCUGGUAAUCAAAAGAAACCGUUUAAGUUAUUGUGAAUUACUGUAUAUCCAUUUGUGAUUGGAUCGAUCUCUCUGUCCCCCGUAGCUGCACAAAAGUAAGUUACUACGUACGCACGAAACACACACUACUCUUAAGCUUGCCACAUGCAUAUUUGCGCAUGCAGACGUACACGCAAGAACAUUUGUUAUUCUUUUCGAUCUCCUCCACGUACGUGUAAUUAAAAUUUGUGUGGGGUUUCUUGCUUUUUUGUGGUGGUUAAGACAUGUUGUAAUCAUGUUGUUGUUUGCUGGUCAUGGUAAUUAAGGAGGAACUUGUGUAUAUCAAUCUUUUUUUUUCUUAUAUCUUUCGCUUGAAGUACUGUGUGAUGAAGAUGAACAUGAUUGAUUAAAUUAAGCUCCA